AUGCCCACAGCAGGACCAUCUAAGAAGCCAGAAAAGGCCUCCAGCUCUAGAAAAUCCUCGCAGAAAGAGGAUGCGCCUGCCCCUCGUGCGUACAACCCUUGGCUCAAGAUCCAAGUCUGUUCUCUCAGCGCGUCCGUGUGUCUAGGCAGGUCAGAGCUCGACAGAGCUGCCGCAGGACGCUUCAUUAAAAGCGCCAUAAACGGGAUCACGUUUAACAAACCCACUCCCGAGGAAUCGAAUCCUGCUUCCACCGUCAGGGUCCCCGUCAAGAUCACAAGCAAGAUGCUUGAACGCCAACGUUACGAGGAGGAAGUGAGGAAAGAGGAUGAGGAAUACGACAGUGACGAGGACGUUCUCAAGAUCUUUGGCGGUGAUGAAGACGAGGAUGGAAGUGAGAGCGAGAGUGAAGACGAGGAUGAAGAAACCCUACAGGUCUUUGGCGAUGACGACGAUGAACCCAGUCCCAAGAAGCGACCGCGAUCAGAAGAAAGUAGUUCAUCUUCGGACGACCAAGGCAAGAGUUCAACAUCUCCAACAACCGACCCGCCUCCAGCCUCCAAGAAUAAGAAACAGCGAACGUCGCCAGUAGGCAACAGCUAG